AUGUCGAAUCCCGUGAGCCCAUCGUUGAAGGACCUUCCCAAGGUCUCGCUGGACCUGAAGAGCGAGCUCGAGGGCUUCAAACACGACUGCAUGAAGAAGGCGCCCACCAUCGUGAAAGACGUUCUGCCAUCCGCAGAAGACGUGCGACAGGAACGACAGCAUUCAGACUUGAUUCACGACGUGGAAACGUUUAAAACUGGAAAAUUGAAGCACGCAGAUACGAAAGAAAAAAUAAUAUUGCCAAAUGCAAAAGACGUUGCUGCUGAGAAGACACAGCAGACUCUUCUAUCUGGUAUUGAGGCGUUUGAUACGACCAAGCUGAAGCACACAAAAACUGAGGAGAAGAACCCCCUUCCCGACAAGACCGCUAUUGAGCAGGAGAAAGGAAAGCAGCAGUUCAUUUCCGGGAUCGAGAACUUUGAUCCAACCCAGCUGAAGCAUGCUGAGACACUGGAGAAGAAUCCCUUACCAACCAAAGAGGCUAUCGCCGAAGAGAAAAUAGCAGCUUAAAUGUUCCACCAUCGUAUUAAGAAUCAUCGAAGCGUUUGCCCGACAUUUUCAUAUUUCUUUUCAUUUAUCUAACGUCUUAAUGAGUUACAAAUAUGUUACCACAAGCAAAAGUGUGAAAAUGCGAAGAAGAAAUCAUCAUCGCGUUGGAGCGUUAGCGAACACGACAACAAGGACAAAAAGUGUCGGCGGAAUUAUUUAAAAUCGCUUAUUAGUGGUAAAAAAAAUGUUAUUUAAAAUUUUUGAUUCAAGAGAAGAUGAACAACAUGAAAGUUAACUGUCACUGCUAAAAAAAGGCUGUCAAAAACACUGCCCGAAUGGCCAGUAUUUAUCCCAACGGAAUUGGUGCAAUUUGAUAGAUCUGCGUAUUUUUAUAUGAAUCCCAGGGUCUUCUCAAGUCAUUCAAUGCCACAAAUGCGCAGGAAAUUGGAUUAAUAAAAUCAUUUCAGUAACAAAUGAUUGAAUAAAAUGAGAUGAGUAGAGUCAACCUGAUGAUGAAUUUCCUUAUCAUGAAUAUCGUUGGAUCUGAAUGAGAAUGGGGACUUUCCGUUGAAAUCUUUUCUAUGGAGAAUUUGAAAAACUAGACUGGAGAAAAGGUUAUUACAACCAUAUUUAUUUUAUCGAAACAGUUUCAUUGAAUUAAAAAAUCUAGAAAACAUUCUCCCUAUCCCGGGAAGUUAAUAAUCUUAACUGAAUGCACGGAAAUAUUUUGACGAAUGAAUUUGGUAAAAUAUUAUUGCUCUUGAUGAGCAUCUGGAGAUCUGACCCCAAAUAGGGACAGUCUCAUGAGAAGUUUUUUUGCAGAGCAAAUUAACAGUAUCAAAAAAUUUUGAUAGCUCUUGUCAAUUCCGACCUAUUCUUUAAAGAAACUGAACGUAAAAGCUUUCUGGGGUAAUCGCUCAUCUCGUUAUAAUUCACACUUGAGUACUGAGUUCUUCCCCCUCCGCACAAAUUUAUCAUACUCCAAUCAUGCUAAAAAUACAAAUUUUGAUAAUGUAAUCGAUGAAUAGCUGAAACAGCAUAAUUUUACAUGCGUUUACAGAUGUAUUUGAUUGGUAGAAGGUUGAUAUACUUUUGUAAGAAUUUCAUAUUUUAUAUAACGGGCUAUUGUACUUUUUUAACAAUUUUUUAUGCACUGCAUAUUGUCCUAAUGAAGUAAUUUCGAUGAAUAAAUGAAGAAAACAUCAUUUGUAUGGAAAAA